AUGGGAUCCGAUAAUCUAUACACCCCACCAGUAGGGAUGCACGCCAUUCCCCACCACCUCCUAGAUCUCCGCGACGACUCCCAGAUCGACCACGAUAUCAUCCAUGUAAAGCCCGUGAGCGAUGAGAAGAACAUCUGGUUCUUCUGGACGAGCGGAUACACGAACAUGCAUCCAUACACCCAGCGCAACGUGCGGGCAUGGCACCGUCGCUUUUCCAAGCUCGGCUGGACGAUUCGCGUUCUCGACUGCGAGAACGUGCGCGAGUACCUCGACGUCACCGACCCGACCCUCUUCCCGCGCGCCUUCGCCGACGGCACCAUCAGCGGCACCUACGCGCCGCAGCACACGUCGGACCUUGUUCGCUUCCCGCUCCUCCUGCGGUACGGCGGGGUCUACGCUGAUGUGGGGUUUAUUCAGAUCGGCGAUCUGGACCGGCUCUGGAACGAGACGAUUGCGAACCCUGCGUCGCGGUCCGAGGUCCUCUCCUAUUCCAUGGGCCCUUCCGACCAACGUGGCUUGACCAACUACUUCCUCGCGGCCAGGAAAGACAACCCGCUCUUCCUGCGGUGUCAUAAGCUGUUGCUGAAGUUGUGGGAAGGGAAAACGUCCACGGACGGCAUGCAUGCGAGUCCGUUGCUGAAAGGGGUACCGUUGAUGGGGGGUUCGUUCAAGAUCGAGGAGGAGGGCAGCAAGAUCAUCGACGAGGAGGAGACCAGCAAGCUGCUGACGGAUUACAUCAUCCAGGGCCAGGUGGUGUCGAUGGUUAUGGGGCUUGUGGACGAGGAGGACGGCUGGAACGGGCCGGAAUAUAUCCGCGAUCACCUCUACGGGAUCGACUUCAUGGAGGGGUCCCAGUUGAUCAACGUCUUCACCGACUGGGACGGGCGCAAGGCGUUCGAGUUGAUGUCGCUCCCGCUGCCGAAGGCAGGCGAGGCGGAGACGCCGGAGCAGAAGCAGGCGCGCGAGGUCGUGGAGGGCUGUCUCACGCGGAGUUUUGGGUUCAAGCUCGCUCACGGACUGAUCUUGCGGGUGUUCAAGGAGACGCUGGGCUCGCUGUGGAGAAAGCACGAGGGCUCCGAUAUCGUUCCUGGAACGUACGCGCAUAUGCUGCGCCAUGCGAUCGUGUACUGGAACCAGGAUGCGCUUCCGCCGACGCUCGAGUUCACGAAUCUGGAGCCGAUUAAGAGGGGUCCGCUGUUGAGUGAUGAGUGA